UGAAUCUCAAGUCUCAACCACACAACUUGGAUUUCUCAUUAUCAACAGGCUUGAACUUCUCAUCUCUUUUCUCAUUGUCAACAGGCUUGAACUUCUCAUCUCUUUCUUCUUCCAUGAGUGUUGAAGUAGUAGUUAGGAAUACAUAUUUUUAAACCCCUCAUUUUCUAAUCUUAUAUCUUUCCAAAUACAUAAACCCAUGUCCCAAAUUUCCCAAAGAUUUUUCAUCUUUACAAUUAAAUAACAAUUUUGUUUAGUGCAAUCUUUUUUCUUAUCUUCUCCCAUCUCUAUACAAACUCAUACUAAUACUUUCUCUUAUACCUUUAUUUGUAUCCAAUAUAACCAAAACCCAUCUCAAAUUCUCAAUUCUUGUUUUUUUUUUUUGGAUAACCCUAAAUGUUUUGAGUUGUCAGUCAUGGAUGUAAUAGCAACUACAACAACUAUUGUAUCCGACUUGGAUUCACGGCAACCCGAAAUCGAAGCUCCGAUCCGGAUCCAGCCCGCGAAGCCUAUUUCUUUCUCCAACGGCAAACGCUGCCACCACAAUCAUCUUGCGUCCGAAGCGGCUGCGGUUGCGACACCUUACAAAGAAUGCCUAAAGAACCACGCCGCAAGAAUCGGAGGUCACGCUUUAGACGGAUGCGGCGAGUUUAUGCCGUCUCCGGCUUAUAACUCCAACGACCCGACUACACUAACGUGCGCCGCUUGUGGUUGCCACCGUAACUUCCACCGCCGAGAAGACGAUCCGUUAUCCGCUUCUGCCGUCGUUCCGGCGAUAGAGUUUCGUCCUCACAACCGUCACCAGCUACCUCCUCCGCCUCCUCCUCAUCCGGUGGGGAUUCGUAGUCCUGACGACGAUGAUUCAGCUUCUCCGCCGCCGAUCUCGUCCUCUUACAUGCUCCUUGCACUCUCCGGAGGAGCUAAAACGGCGGGUCCAAUGUCUAGGAAACGUUUUAGGACGAAGUUUAGUCAGUAUCAGAAGGAGAAGAUGUUGGAGUUCGCUGAGAGAGUUGGGUGGAGGAUGCCGAGAGCUGAUGACGUGGCGGUUAAGGAGUUUUGUCGGGAGAUUGGAGUUGAUAAAAGCGUUUUCAAAGUGUGGAUGCAUAACAACAAGAUUUCAGGACGCGGCGGGGCAAAAAGAGCUAACGGCGGAGGAGAUAGUCGUGAGAGUGUUGUUCCGACGAAUGGGUCGUUUUCUUCGACGUGAGGAAGAGAAUAAUACAAAACGUUGGGAAAAGCGUCGUCGUUUUAGCGGCUAAUUCUUUUUUUUUUUUGGUUUUAUGAAUUUUUUUAUAAUAAUAUUAGUCAACGGGUCAAAUCUAUUUUAUAUUCCUUCUUUUGUUUUUUUGUUAUGUUUUGUAACUGUUGUUGGUAGUUUAAACUUUAAAGGGAGGUGAUUUGAGUAGCUUCAGACCAAAUGCAAGAAGAGAGAUAAAAAGAGUAACCUCCUAAAAUUUAAUAACAUAGUGAACUAAUCCAAUUGUUUUCUGAA